AUGGGAAUAUAUCUCAGUGCUCCCAAAACUGAUAAGGUCUCAGAAGAUGGUGAGAAUGACAAACUUCGAUACGGGUCAUCCUCCAUGCAAGGGUGGCGUUCAACCAUGGAAGAUGCUCAUGCUGCUAUUCCAGAUUUUGACGGUUCAACAUCUUUCUUUGCUGUUUAUGAUGGUCAUGGAGGUAAAGCAGUGGCAAAUUUCUGCGCCAAGUAUCUCCACCUACAGGUGCUCAAGGACGAAGCAUAUCUAGCUGGCGAUUUAGGCACUUCUCUACAGAAAGCUUUUCUCAGGAUGGAUGAGAUGAUGCGUGGGCAAAGAGGCUGGAGAGAAUUAGCCGUACUGGGAGAUAAGAUAGACAAAGUUUCUGGUCUUAUAGAAGGGUUCAUUUUUUCUCCCAAGAGUGUUGAAGCUAAAAGUGGUGCAUUUAAUGACCAUACUGAUCAGUGGUCUUCUGAGGAGGGGCCUCACUCUGAUUUUGAUGGACCGAAUUCUGGAAGCACAGCUUGUGUUGCUAUCAUCCGAAACAAUCAACUUGUUGUUGCCAAUGCUGGUGAUUCUCGUUGUGUUAUAUCCAGGAAGGGUCAGGCAUAUAAUCUGUCAAAAGAUCAUAAGCCUGACAUUGAGAAUGAAAAAGAAAGAAUUCUGAAGGCUGGUGGAUUCAUCCAAGUUGGAAGAGUCAAUGGAAGUUUGAACUUGGCCAGAGCUAUUGGGGAUGCAGAAUUCAAGCAGAACAAACAUUUGCCCGUUGAAAGGCAGAUCGUAACUGCCAAUCCAGACGUAACUAGUGUUGAGAUUUGUGAUGAUGAUGAGUUUCUCGUCAUAGCUUGUGAUGGGAUAUGGGACUGCAUGUCGAGCCAACAACUUGUGGACUACAUUCGGGAACAAUUAAAACAUGAAAGUAAACUCUCAGUGAUUUGUGAGAGAGUGUUUGAAAGGUGCUUGGCACCAUCAUCUGGUGGAGAGGGGUGUGACAACAUGACAAUGAUCUUGGUUCAGCUUAAGAAACCUGUUACUUCAGCUGCUUCUGUCGGGGACAAGCCUCUCUUGUCUAAUCCAUCAUCUGAGAAGGAUAAAGGCUCGGCAAAAGCUAAAUAG